AUGAAACAACAGGAAGACGAUGUCGAGUCGGCCGCAAGGCUACUGUCCAAAGACAGCGCCCCGUCAAACGAGGAGUUCGAAUUCGACGACUCCGACGACAGCCACAAUUGGUCGACCCAGCAUACCCAGACCAAGUCAAAGUCACAACACAGUCAAUACUGGCCAACUCUGCCACCUCUGCCAAAGUGGCUGCCCGUACGACACCUGAACCCGAGGUAUAUCAUCUUCGCCGUGGCCGUCUCGUUGAUCGUCACCGUCUUCGUCUUCAACCCAUACGGCCCGUCGGCACCGACCCAACACCAGUCGGAAAUCCAUCUGUCUCCGACAUCGACAAAGCCCGCCGCCGCAGACGCGACUGCCACCUCCACCGCGACGUCGCUACCACCCGCGAAACCGUCCCCGACGAAGGUCCAGCCUGGCAAGGAGAAAUACAAGCCCUACCGACGCCCGAAGCCAGCGUCCAACGAGAGAUUCUGUACCAACUGGCCUGUCGAUCAAGAUGGCCAGUACCAAUUGGACGCUGGCGAGCGUACCAACAGGUUCACCCAGGACAGUAUCGCGCCCAGAGGCGGGUGGCAGAAGCCCGAGGGCCUCAAGGUCGUUGCCAUGGUGUUCUUUGGUCGCAAGCGAUACGUCGACAUCCUGGACUGUUAUCUCCGGAAGAACCUGGUUUCCAACGGCGGUUAUCUCGACGAGGUGUGGUUCAUGGCCCAUACGCAGGAUGAAGACGAUAUUGCCUGGGUUGAGGGUCUUGUCCUGGAGAAUCCUGACUACAAGAUUGUCGGCCAGGGCAAAUGUGAACAGGAGAAGUACAAGUGCUUGUGGGAAUACGCCAUUGAAGACAAGACAAUCUACAUCAAGAUUGACGAUGACAUUAUCUACAUCCAUCCCGACGCCAUACCUCAGCUUGUCCAUUCGCGCAUUGCCGUCCCUCAUCCAUUUGCCAUUUCGGCGAAUCUGGUGAACAGUCCCCUUACCGGAAUGGAGCAAUACCACUUUGGGGCCAUCCACGCCUUCGUACCUGACCCGAGCAACAAGCCAUCGGGUUAUCCCGCCGAGACAUGGCGGCCGUCGGAGAUCAAGACGUUACCGCCAAAAGCUUGGAAGGAUCUGGCGUCGAAAGACAGCCACGCCAUCAUGUACCCAGAUGCGCCGUAUCGGGGCCAUCCGUUCUUAUUGAUAUCAGAAGACCAUCACGAUCUUCUUCAGACCCCGAUAGGCCGGUACGACCAGGACCCUGGUGGCGAUUUCAUUGCCUUCAGCCCCAUGUGGAGAUCUUGGGCCAUGGCUGCACAACAGCAGUACUCUCUUUUUCACAACAUCGAGAAGAACCUGAUGCACCGGUAUUUCUUCGGGCAGCCGCCCAUUUAUCCCGCCGACGCCAAAGGCCCGAAUCCGAAGAAAGUCCUUCCGCCCAAUCCGGAGGGGCCGGGCGGAGAGCAGAUAUACGAUCCGCAGUAUCGACGGUACAAUUUGAACUUCUGCGCCGUAUGGGGCUCGGAUGUCAAGUCGGAGCUGCCAAUAGGAGAUGACGACGAGGACGAAAUGACGAACAAGAUUCCGAAGCGGAUAGGGCGUCCUUUCGUCAUUGACACCCGCUCCGUCGUGGCGCAUUUCAGCUUCUUCACGCAGGCCGAGAAUAUGACCCAGACCGAUCUACUGGACCGGUAUCGGGCCUUCGCAAAUGAGGCUGUCUGUGAGCCGACCAACCUCAAGAAGCCCUGGGAUUUGAUGUGCCCCGACAUGAAGAAAGAGGGUGGACUCGGCAUAUUUGGUUGA